AUACCGCCAUGAGUGGGCUUGGUACCGUCAUGUCCUCGAAGGUUCUGGGGCCAGCCAAACACGGCAUUCCCGUGUCAGAGGAUGAGGCCAUGCAGAGCGUGACCUUCAAUCAGGUCCACCGAUGCAAGCACACCACCCCAUAGCUCAGGUGCUCGAGCAGUACGUCCUCACGGAUAUCAAGACGAAGAUGGGCACCACAGGCUACACUUCGGUAACAAGAGCGACCCCGACCGCGACGGUAUUGCCGUGCCUUCCCUGAGUUCGAGGCUUUUUUCGAAAAGGCGUUUGCUGCGAAGGGCGGCGGCGGUUCAAAAAACUUGGACAUCAUCAGCGACAUGUUCUAGGAGAGCUUAAUACGGUUCGGCUUGGAAUACGUUGAGCCGAUUCUCUCCACCGGGAGGAUUGAUCGUCAGGACGGCGCUAAGCGCUACCUCAAGCCGUGCUUCUUCGCGGACGAGGAGGCAGGAGGUGGAGCCGGCGACCCAGGGGCGGAUGGGGGGAGAGGAUAAUCUUAAGAUGGAGACGGGGAUGUUCUUCGUCUCCGAGCGAGAAAAGCGAUGGUCCUGAUUACUACGCUGGCUACAAACCCUUGGCGGACACCUGAACCGUGUUGACAAGGUCGAGUCGCCGGGACCUCCGCUGCAACAUGCAACAUCGUUCAAAGCGUUUUCUCGGGUCCUCAUGGCGUUCACAACGGGUCGAAGCUUUGACGGAGGAGGCGGAAAAAUAUCCCGCUCGCCAUGUCUCACGCUUUUUUUUUUAUCAUAUGGUGCUAUGAUAUGCUUGUUGCUCUCGCUGAUGCAUGAGGGCGCAUGGCACGGGAUGAGAGAGAGGUGUUUUCUCCUUGUGUUGUGUGUGCCAGGGCGUUUGGAAUCGUCGCUGCUGCCUCUUGGCUUCGUCCGCGCCGUUUUUUUCCGUGCGAAUUGUGGCUUUUUGGGGGGAGGGAAGGGGGGAGUUGUUUCGGUUGUGUUGGGAAAGUAGAGAGGUCUUUUUCUGCAUUUUCUGCAUUGUUCGUUGUUUCUGAAGGACACCGCUGUCGCAGCUGGCUCCGUUUCAGGCAGUGACGUUUUUUCUUGACGUGAGUUAGUUGUAGAAUUUGGGGCGGCCAGGGCGGGGGGGGGUUCUUCGUUUCAUGUCGCGAGCGACGGUCGUUUCUACCAGUGAGACAACAACUCUUGUCCGCUGCUUGUAGCUGUUGCUUUUGGCUGAGUAAUUUUUCCUCACAACAAACAAAGGUAGUUUACUGCGGGGAUUGUGGGUCGUCUCCAUGAUCGACGUCGCUUCAAGUCAUGACUUGGGCUUCAAGUCAUGGGUGAGGGCAUGCUGUUGUGGGGGGACAUUCAAUACACAGAACGACGUUCGGAAGGGUAUGUAUGUAUUGUUUCAAUUUGAAGCACCUUAUAUGGUUCUCGCUUACAUGUAUUCGUGCAACUUGGUAUGUUGACGACCCUGGGUAGAGAUGAUAAAGCCGCGGGCGGAGAUGGGUUUAAC